CUGGUUCAUUAGAGAUCAUGUCAGGAUGGGAGGAUGAUGAAGAUGAUGGCUCUCCGGGUUUCUCUCCGUGAGCUGCGGGCUCAUUUUCUUCUUCAUCACUGAGACUGAUAGAGAGGAUGAAGAGCGAGUGACUGAAUGAACGCGCUGUCUGAAUUUUACAGAAGUCCAGAUGGAGCAGGAUGUCGAGAGCACCGUAAUGGUCCGACAGCCCAAGCUGCCCAAGCAGACGUGGGACGACGUCCCCAAACCUCUGAAGAACAGGGAGCGUGUCAAGCAGAAGAUCCAGCGCUACGUCCGCAAAGACGGCAAGUGCAACGUGCAUCACGGAAACGUGAGGGAGACCUACCGCUACCUGACAGACAUCUUCACCACGCUGGUGGACCUCAAGUGGGGGUUUAAUCUGUUCAUCUUCGUGCUGGUUUACACCGUGACGUGGCUGUUCUUCGGCUUCAUGUGGUGGCUGAUCGCUUACAUACGAGGAGAUUUGGAGCACAUAGGAGACAACCAGUGGACUCCUUGCGUCAACAACCUCAACGGCUUUGUGACGGCAUUCUUGUUCUCGAUAGAGACGGAGACGACCAUCGGCUACGGCCACAGGGUGAUCACUGACAAGUGUCCCGAGGGCAUCGUGCUGCUGCUGGUGCAGUCGGUGCUGGGCUCCAUCGUCAAUGCUUUCAUGGUGGGCUGCAUGUUCGUGAAGAUCUCGGAGCCCAAGAAGCGUGCAGAGACUCUGGUGUUCUCCACCAACGCCGUCAUCUCCAUGCGCGAUGGACGGCUUUGUCUGAUGUUUCGCGUCGGAGACCUGCGGAACUCACACAUCGUAGAGGCGUCUAUUAGAGCCAAACUGAUCAAGUCCAAACAGACCAAGGAGGGAGAGUUCAUCCCUCUCAAUCAGACGGACAUGAACGUGGGCUACGACACCGGAGAUGACCGGCUCUUCCUGGUGUCUCCGCUCAUCAUCUGCCACGAGAUCAAUCAGCACAGCCCCUUCUGGGAGAUCUCCAAAGAGCACCUGGCCCAUGAGGAGCUGGAGAUCGUGGUGAUCCUGGAGGGCAUGGUGGAGGCCACAGGGAUGACGUGUCAGGCGCGCAGCUCGUAUGUGGCCAGCGAGAUCAAGUGGGGCUACCGCUUCACCCCGGUCCUGAUGCUGGAGGACGGUUUCUACGAGGUCGACUACAACAGCUUCCACGACAUCUACGAGACCAACACUCCCAGCUGCAGCGCGCGAGAGCUGGCGGAGAUGACGGCGCGCUCUGGUCUUCCUCUGACCUGGUCAGUGUCCAGCAGACUGAGCGCACAGGGCCUGAGGAGCAGCGAGGCCGAGGAGCUGAUGGAGAGAAACGGAGACCUCGCCAACAUGGAGAGCGAGUCCAAAGUGUAGGAGCACACACAAAUCUCUCCUCGCCUCUGCGCCGCCGGACGCUCAGCAGAGGUCAGAGGUCACCUCAGGAAAGCGCCCCGAGGCGGGACACGGACCCCAUCUCACGCGCUUUUUCUCUUUUUCUCGCCCGGAAGGAUGUGCGCGGGCGACUGCAUGGUUCCCGAAACCAGUUUUUUUCUUAAAGAUAAGAAAUGAUAUUUUCAGAUUUUUAAUUCAAAGAUGAAUUCCUAUAUGUGUAUAUGAUAUAGAUCUAUUCUAGGGCAUUUGCAUUUGUAUCUUUUGUAUAUAUCUGCUGGGUUUGAGAUGUGAGGUUGUUUGAUACGACACAGAGUCGUAUAUUUUGCCUUCUGGGAUAGCGAGAGUCAUAUUUAUCCACGCAUGUACAGACGGUCCUGUAGUCGACUGACUGAGAGUUUGAGGACUGUAGGCCAUACUAGAGCUCGCUGAAGACCUGCUGCAUGGGACUGUGUGUGUGUGUGUGUGUGUGUGUGUGCGCUCCAAUAACCUUCCAUACCGUCCUCAGCCAUGACCGUUCUCUCCCUUUGCUCUUCCUUUAACUCAUGGUCAUAAUUGGAUGAAGUUGAAGUGCAGACGUCUGCGUGUGUCUCUCUGUGUUUCUGUUCGUUCAG